GCUUUUUGGUGCCAUCACCAGGAGCCAGCGUGCAGCAGUUCGCGGGCAAGGUGCCACCGCGCCUCCUUCGAAGGGCAGAGGCCGAAGGAGCGGCGGCGGUGGUAGAGGAGGAGAAAAGCAACUCCGUGAAAGCCUUUUGGAAGUUCCUCCGGCCUCACACCAUCCGGGGGACCAUUCUAGGCUCGAGUGCUAUGGUCAGCCGCGCCGUGCUCGAAAAUGGGCAGGCGCCAGAUUGGUCUCUGUUGCCCACAGCAGCACUGGGCGUUUUGGCUCUGCUCUGCGGUAAUGGCUACAUUGUCGGCAUCAACCAGAUCUACGAUGUCAGCAUAGACGUCAUCAACAAGCCCUUCCUGCCUGUGGCUGCCAAGGAGCUCUCGAUCCCACAGGCCUGGGUGCUGAUCAUCCUCAUGGCCGUUUGUGGAACUGGUCUCUCCUUUCACCUCUUCGGCCCCCUCAUCGGCUCUCUCUAUGCUUUUGGCCUCUUCCUCGGCACCAUCUACAGCGUACCGCCCCUUCGUCUCAAAAAAUCGGCCGUGGCCGCAGCCCUCAUCAUUGCUACUGUGCGUGGUUUUCUCCUGAACUUCGGGGUCUACUAUGCCACGAGGGCCAUGUUGAAGGUGCCUUUCGGCUGGAGCUACCCGACCAUCUUUAUCACGUGCUUCUGUUCGGUAUACGCCCUGGUCAUAGCAGUCACGAAGGACCUGCCUGACGUCCAGGGUGAUCUGGAAAACAAGAUAGACACCUUCGCCACGAGAUUCGGCGUAGGCUCUGUGGCCACUGCCGCCUCGGCGGCACUCCUGGCCAACUAUGCUGCUGCGCUG